UGGGGCUGCGCUGCGCUGCGGGAGCGGAGGAUGGCGGACGAGAUCAGUAGGGCGCAGGCGGCACGCCCCGGCGGCGACACCAUUUUCGGCAAGAUCAUCCGCAAGGAGAUCCCCGCCAGCGUCAUCUUCGAGGACGAGCAGUGCAUUGCAUUUCAUGAUAUUUCGCCCCAAGCUCCAGUACACUUUCUAGUAGUUCCUAAGAAGCCAAUUGUCCAGCUAUCUGAAGCACAGGAUUCAGAUGAAUCUCUUCUCGGGCAUUUAAUGAUUAUUGGCAAGAAGUGUGCUGCCGAUUUGGGCCUGACCAAGGGAUUCCGAAUGGUUGUGAAUGAAGGGCCAGAGGGUGGGCAAUCUGUUUAUCAUGUGCAUCUCCACGUUCUUGGUGGACGUCAGUUGGGCUGGCCUCCUGGCUAAGAAUUGGAUGGAAAGAAAAUCACCACUCCGUGUAGACUUACCACACAACCCAGGAACCCAACUGCUGUUAACAUGUUCUCUUUUUUUUUUUGUGGGGGUCAAUAAAAGCUAUGAACAGUAUUCUCAUAAUAAAGACCUAGCAUCACCCCUGUA